CCAAAGCCACAACCUUGAGUACAGAAAGCCAACAUAGAAGAAAAGAAAAUGUGGCCGGCGACCAAUCAACAGAAGCAUUUCGUUCUAAUCCAUGGUGCUUGCCAUGGGGCUUGGUGUUGGUAUAAGCUUGAGACUUUGCUAACUUCAGCUGGUCACAAGGUUACAUCACUGGACCUUGCAGCUUCUGGUAUUAACCCAAAGCAAGUCCAAGACCUCAACUCCAUUACUGACUAUUUUGAGCCCUUAAUGGAAUUCAUGGCAUCUCUCUCCCAAGAUGAGCAGGUGAUUCUAGUUGGGCACAGCCACAAUGGAUUGAGCAUUUCUGUAGCCAUGGAGAGGUUCCCCCAGAAUAUAUCUGUUGCUGUUUUCAUCUCUGCUAUCAUGCCCAGUCCCACCAACAGUGUUGUUGCCAUUCAGGAAGAGUAUGAAAGGCUGGCCAAGGACAGUAGUAUGCAACGAAAAUACUGGUUUGAUGUCCUUCCAAGCCUGGACCAGUUAUCAAGGCAGUACCAAAAAAGCCCACCUGAGGAUCUGACUCUUGCAACUAAGCUUGUGAGGCCUAUGGGUUUCUAUGGGAUUGAAGAUAUGGCGAAGGAAACAGCGGUUACAGAGGAGAAAUAUGGAUCAGUUAGCCGAGUAUUUGUGUUGUGUGAUGAAGACAUUUUACUGAAGGCUUUUCUGAAGUUGAUGAUCAAACUAAGCCCACCUGAUGAGGUGAAGGAGAUCCCUGGUUCGGACCAUAUGGUCAUGAUGUCUAAGCCCCAAGAGCUGUGUGCCUAUCUUCUGGAUGUUGCUGAUCGAUAUUCUUUGAUUCCUAUAUAGAAUCAUAUUGAUCCUCUUUGGAUUGGGCCUCGCGUGUUGUUGAUGAUAUUCUGUCUCUCUUGUUGUCCUUCUCUACAACAACAAUAGCAACAUCCAAAACCUUAUCCCAACUUAAUGGGGUUGGCUACAUGAAGAUUCCAAGCAAGGACGAGUGCGAGGAUCCAUGCAAAAGGAUUGAUGGAUUCUGACUAAUUAGGUUACUCAUUUUGUUGCUAAGGGGGCAUUCAAAUUUAGGAUUUCCUGGAUUUGUUGGCCUUUCCCUCUUGCUUUCUUGUUAUUUUUUCUGUUGUUACUUCUUUUGUUGGCUAGAGAUGUUCGGCUAUUGACAUUGUUUGAUAAACUUUCUUAUGUUCUUACAA